CCUUGAUAAUAAACUAAAAAUGACGUUUUAAGAUAUCGACAUUUGCCUCAUAACUAUUAAGAUUCUUCCCUCUACCAUACUUGAACUAUCAAAUGUCAAAUUACGCAGCCAAAUAAAGUUCAUUAUUGUCUCUAAAACGCCAGUUGCUUGAAAAUAUUGUUUUUAUUAAAAAUACUAUCUAUACAUAUGGCAGUUCAGUUUUCUAAGCUUGGUAUUACUGAAAGAAUACCCACGAAUGGUAUUAAAUCUAACAUUUGGAAAGAGUAAUAUGUCCUUUUAACAAUAUUAUUGUACAAUGGAUAAACUAACUGUGAUAUCUGCGACUCUGUUUAUGGCGGCCGAUGUGUUUGCCAUUGUAAGUUUAGCAAUGCCAGACUGGAUUAUUACAGAAAUUGGAGGUGACACUCGUCUUGGUUUAAUGUGGUCAUGCAUUACAUUAUACAACCGGACACAAGUGUGCUUCACGCCUGACUUGCAACCCGAAUGGCUGCUUGCCUUAAUAUGCAUUUUCAUUGGAUGUAUUUGCAUAACAACUACUGUGAUACUACUUGCAUCCAGUCACUUUGAUCGAAAUGUUAUACCCUAUGCUCGCUGGGUAGGAUUUGCAGCAAUGGUUGUCUUCUGCCUGGCUGCUGUCAUCUUUCCAAUGGGUUUUCAUGUUGAUGAAAUUGGAGGGCAACCAUACCAAUUGCCCAAUAGCCAUCAAGUUGGCAUUUCCUACAUAUUAUUUGUCCUCUCUUUGUGGAUAACUGUUAUAUCAGAACUUUUCGCUGGCAAAGUCUGUCUGCCACAUUUCUAAGUGUCUCAAAUAAUUUGGGUCUGAAUAUAUUGUUAUGUACAGUAAUUUUAAUUAAGGAUCUAUUUAUAAUGGGUAUUAUUUGUUUUUAUUUCGAAAAAAGAUAAAAUAAGGAUGAAUUUUGUAACUCCAAACAAGUGAUCAUAUUAUUGUAUUUAUAUCUAUUGCCUGUGACAUUGGCAUAUUGUUUGCACAAAUGCAAUAGGUAUAAAAACUGCAGAUUUAAAUAGUAUUAUGCACAGCUCAUUGUUUUACUAAAGUCUGAUCACAUUAGAUAAAGUAUUAGCUGUAAAGUGGUUUUAAAAUCAAUAAAGAAAGAUAAAAUAUAUUAUC